AUGCUAAAAACAACCCUACGGCCCUCCUGUCUCCAACCUCAGCCCAACUGUGCAGGCCCCAGCAGAGUUGACCCAAAUCCUCACAUUAUUAAGAAUUCCAAGGCUGACCCUGCAGAAGGCAAAAGCUGUUUGGCAAGGCUGCAAGGAACGGGAAAUGAUAGUAGCCAUGGAGAGCAGGAAAGGAAAGAGUCAGCCAGAGAAAACCUCCAGAAGGAACCUUGGAGAGCUAAUGGGAAUGUCCUCCCCCACAAAAGCAACGACAAGAGGCCGUGGUCCAAUGAGAAAGGAGACUCUUCGUGGCCUGUUUCUGAUGGGAUGGAUUCUGGGAUUAACAACAGGGACCAUCAAAGUCAAGAAUGGAAAGUGGUGAAAGUGAAACGAGUUCUGCUUUCUCUGGCUGAUGAACCUAGGAAAGCAAAUAUCUCAAGAAGUGCAAGCUUGUCUGAAACAGAGCUGAAGGAAGCCAAAGAGAGGAGCCAAAGAAUUGUUGCUCAGUUGACCAAUCCCCCAAGUUCCAAUUCCAAAGGAGUCCUGCUGUUUCACAGACGCAAGCAGCGAGUGAAUGCAUUCACCUUAGGAGCCCCAAAGCCAACCAACCCAGAACGAGGAGCUGCGGAGAAAGACCCCAAAGCUGUCACUCAACCUUGCACUCUGAGCCAUGGAGAGGAAUCACAUCUGAAGCAGACUCCGAAACUGAACAAGAAGCUGAACGCUUCAUUCUGCCUCAAGAAUUUUGGACGCUGGGGGCAAAAAGUCACCAUGGAAAAAUACGAGGAGGAACUGGGUGUGGAACAUCCCCUAGACAAUGCACAGGGCCUUCCUUGGAAUAAGGAAAAGAGUGAGAUGAUUCUUUAUUCAACAAAUGCAACAUCCUCCAAAGAUAUUCCAGAGGAAGAAUUUCAGCAGAUCCCACUCAGUGUAUACCUUAAAGAGAAUACGACAACUUCAACCAAUGGAAUACAUGAGCCUCUCACUGAGUUUGAAAAAAUGCCUAUGGUUGACCAAGGACCAGUUAUGGGCAAUACAGAAAAUAUCCCAGGUAAGACUGAGGAUGAGGCUACCCCUAACAUUGAGAAAAAAGAUACCAUUCUUGAAAAAGAACUGUAUCUUCUGCAUAUGGAUCAGGAAAAUAAUGUUCUCGAUAAAGAACCAUAUCUACCCAUAGGUAGUGAGAAAAACAACAAUAUCCCUGACAAAGAUCUGUACGCAGCUGUCAUUGAUAGGGAGAAUAAUAUUGUCUUCAACAAGACACUGAAUGAACCAGUCAUUGACAGAAAGGAAAAUGGAGAGGUGCCCUACAUGGAACAGGAUGAGUUAGUCACUGAAAAUGAGAACCUUUUUCCCACCGCUGACACCGGAAAAGCCACCGAUGUAUGUCUUAAUGAAGCCAGCACACAAAAUCAUAGGCAGUACUGUGAAGUGCGCCUGACUUUGUCUAAGCCCCAACCAGUGAAGAACCGAACUGCAAGACCUUUUGGCACUCAGUCACUAGCUAAAAUCCUCUCGCCAGCAGAGAAGGGCCCAGUGGCGGAGAUUCCUCCACCGCCCACCUAUGCAGAAACAUUUUCCAGCCCUCCUCCGGUGACGAGGGUCAGGUCACCUCCAGCUUACUCAGCGCUGUAUCCUAGUCAAGAACAGAAAAUCCUGGUCCCGCCUGAAAUUAGGCCCAAAGACAGCAGCCCAGGACCUCAAUUCAGAGAGGACAAAGCACCUCCUCCAGAUAAAACGGGCAUUCUGGAGGAAUCUGCAGCCCGCAGAACACCUAAGAAGUCCAUGUUCACCUUUGUUGAGAAGCCAAAAGUGGGUCCUAAUCCAGAUCUUUUGAAUUUAGUACAGACCUCAGAUAAUAAAAAGAAGCAGAAAGGACAAGGAGGAGCAGUUCCUGAAGACGAAUCGUUUGCAUUGGGUGCCGAUGCCUCUAACUUUCUAACUGAAGAUAGAUCGUUACAUGGACCCACUCAGUCCCUUGGAGAUCCUCCACCAGAGUGGUCUUCGUGUUUAAGAUCACCAAAAAUACAGCCUAAACCUAAAAUAAGUUCCAACCAGAGCCUAUCAGAGGCGAAAGGAAAGGGGGCAGAACUGUUUGCCAAGAGGCAAUCAAGAAUGCAGAAGUACGUCAUUGAAGCCCCGUCACAUCCAGAUAUAGCAAGAUCACCUUCACCUACUAUGUCUCUUCCUCCAUCCUGGAAGUAUACUUCAGAAACUCAUCUCUCCCCUGUGGCAUUCCAACCUACCCUCAAAAGUCCCUCAAGAUCUCCAAAAGGUCCUCCUGUAUCUUUCUACAACAGCAACUUGACAGAAAGCCAGCUCUCCAAAAAGGACAUCUCCAAGCAACAGCCUUACCAGCUUCAGUCUCCCUUGUUUGUUCGUUCCCCAGUCAAAGAGCCCAUGAGAUCAGUAGUCCCUGAAGGGGGUUAUAUGAGACAGGCUUCUUCCUCUACUUCGCCCUUGGCAUCUUCUCCUCUGUUGUACCCACCUGUCCAGCCCAGCCCAAGCAGAACAUUGCCUGGCCUCUUCGCUCCGUUACCUGGAAACAUGUUUCCAUUUCAGAAGAUCAGAGCAAAUGCUGAAACAUCCCCAGAGGCAUCGUUUGAUUACUCUUCCAAAAUUUUGUCUCCAAGAGCUAAAGGGGUGUUCCAAGCUCCAAGACCAUCUUACUCCACCAAGAAUGCAGGGAUUGAGCCUCAGGAAAGAAAAACAUCCCUGCCUGCUUCCCCGACGUGGACUCCACAGCUGAUAAGGCGACCAUCCAGCAGCAUAGAGGGCUGGAUGAGCCCAGCUCAAACUCCAGAAUCUGAGGGUGGACUUGUCGAAGCCUUUCGAGCAGCCCACGUUAUGACUCCACCUCCUCCCAUGUCUCCAUCCUGGAGCGAAAGGUCUCUGUCCCCAUUUCGACAGGAGAUUGACCAAAAGUCCAGCCGACAGAUGCAGGUGCUGUUGGCAAGAAAUAUCAUAAAUGCUGCCCGGAGAAAGAGCUCUUCUCCCAAACUCACUGGAGUAGAAAACUUCAGACCCUUCACACCCCCUGUCACUUGCCCCAAUGUGUCAUCCACUGGUGGAAGCCCUAAGAACAGGAGUACUCAUUCUCCAAGCCCACUUCAGUCCCCCAAGCCGACAGGAAUGGAUGGCUACAGAUGUGCCUCCCUCCCUGUCUCAGCUGCCCCACCACAGGCCAGUGCAUCAUCAAACAACAGCCCCAGGUUGCUAGGCAUCAAAUCUCCAAGCCCACUACAGUCACCAAAAGCAGGGAGGAUGAAUGGAAACAAAUGCUUCAUGCUGCCUACUAGAACUGGAGCACCCCAGUUCGUUGUCUCAACAAACCACAAUGGCCCAAGUAUAAUGGGCACUCAUUUUGAAUCACGCAAGGAUCCAGAGCCACUUCAGGAACCCACAAUCAUGGCUAGCCAUAAGGCCUUCUCAUUGCCAGCAAACACCAGUGGGAUUUCACACACCAGUCCAAAAAACCUGGAUGCUUCUUCUCCCCUUCUCCAAAGUCCCAUGAUGACAACAUGGUCCCCAGUGAAGCGCUCCACUUCCAUGUCCCCCACCAACUCAGAGGCCUCCGUGGACUCUGACUGCUCUGGGGUCAAGUCACCUAGCAUCCGCAGCUUCAAUAUUUGUCCACGAGGCUGGAAUGGCAGCCUGAGGCUGAAACGGGGUAGCCUCCCAUCAGAAGCAUCCUGUACCUCUUAAACAAGGGCCAAGAGAUGUGAACCAAAAAAAGAUUGUGAAAACUGUUGCCAGAGUAUUUGUGCAGGUCCAUACAUGCAUAAUCCUGCCAACCUAAUUAAGGAAGACACUCAUCUGUGAAGAUGUAUAACACCUUCUCUCCAAGUUGGCCACUUCUUGAAGACUUUGAAGAAGAGAAUUUAUGAGAAACAUUUCUCAUACAAAGGAGAAGUGUGAUUCAGCUUCUGUUUCUGGAAGGCAUCCGUUUCCACAGGAUCUUUGUUAGCUUCCUCCUUCUCUCUUGAGAGACAUGCUUGACUUUCCCAGGUUUUGCUUUCUCUUUCUCAGCUGGACUGGAGACAUGAUGAUUUCUUUGCUUGGGGAAGAUUAAGACACAUCUGACUGCUUUUGUUCCCUCUGAGAAAUAUCCUGUAGGAGGACACAGAGCCCUUGACAGAAUCUUUGAUGACUCUUAAAUCCAUGUUUUACCUAAAACAAUUAAGCCCAUGUUUCACAUAAAACAAUGGAUUUAGCUCUACUUUGAUAGAGCUAAUCUUCAGUUGGCUUCCAUUCCAACCUCCUGAGGCUUGAAGAAACCAGGAGAAAAAAAUACGAGCCAGAAGCCCAUUCAGAAGUUGUUGUUGGUGCUUCAUCUCCACAGCAUACUUUUCCUCCAAACAUACAGAUUGACUUUAUAUAAACCAAAUGAAAUGAAAGAAGGUUGUUUUAAAGCCUUUUUGUUCUCUGGACUAUUGAAGGAUGGAUUACAAGAGGAUGAAGGACUGAUCCAAGCUACAACCCAAAUACUUCUGCACCCACAUUAGAAGACACCACGUAGGAAUAUAAGAUGUAGGAACUUCCAAGCUUUCUGGAAACCAAAGCCAGCCAGUCUGGGAUUGUGACAAUGAGGAUCCACAUGGGUUUCCAGUUAACAUGCAGCGAUGGAGGCCUGUUCCCAGAGUGUAUCCAAAUGACUUCAGAACUCCUGCCCUGAUUUCAGGUUCUGAAUGCCCAGUGAGCAAAGGUUCUGGUACUGCAAGUCACCAGCAGAGAGGUCUUCUGAUCUCUUCUAUUUCUUUCUAGUUUAGUAGAUAUCUGGGACGCUAUCCAAGCUAUCCAAGAUCUCCCUCUGGGGAGGAGAUUCACAGCAUGUCUUAGUUUCUUAAGCCCCAAAUAAUGCCUCUUCUGCCAACUCUUCUUUCAGCACCUGGAGGAAGCUACCUUUGGAUGCUUCUUGCAUAAUGGUUGGAAACAAUAGAUGGAAAAGUGAGCUCCACCUCUACAAGGGUCAGGAGCAGUAUCCCAGAAAAGUUAGUUGUAUCUAAGAGUAGGGAAGCUCAGCAGAGCUAUUAUUCCCUAACACAGCCGCUCUCAGAAACUUCAUGGGUCACUUAUAUUUUCACCUAUAUCUAUCUCAGCCCCUAGACAUGCAGGCGAGGACACAAAGGCUAAAGUAGUAUCCCUACUUGGGUGGGACAGAUUUGCAUUCAGAAUAACAUUCCACACUAGGAAAGGAAAAGUGAGGGGCUGUUAUCUAUUUUAAAACACACAAAAGGACCAAGAUAUACAUAAGCCAGGUUCUAUAUGGAUCAACCAUCUCAGGUCCCUAUCCUUGCAAUCUACCGAGAAGGACUGCCUAUCAGAAUAAAUAGCAGACAAACCCAAUAGGCUAAAUUCCCUUCCAAUUUUCCUCUUUGCUUUAUCCCCCAGUACUGUCUGUGCCUCAUAGCAGCAUCUACAAGGCAUAGUACUGUGUCUGGUAUCAGCAUCUAUCUAUUUACACCAUCUGUAUGACCUGACGCAACUUCUGAUCUAUCUCUGAUAAG